AUGCCGGCAGAGGAUGAGAUCAUGGAGGAAAAGCCUGACAUAAAGGAGGAGGUAGUGCCUUUCGCGACGGUUUCGAUUCUGCAGCUUAUCAAAGAGGCUCAAGCGCAGCAUGGUUUGAGACAUGGUGACUACAAUCGCUACCGGACAUAUUGUGCGGAUCGUCUGAAGAGGAUGCGUGGUGCCGAGAAGCUCACCAACAAAUACAAAUGUGUCAAGAGGCACAAGGCAAAAUUCGAAAGAAAAGUGAUCACCGAGGAGCAUUUCACCAAUGAAAAGGUUCUUCAUUUGAUGCUUUUCGAAUGUGAACGACGCUGGGCAAAGGCCAUGAAUGAUAAGACUUUCCUCGAGGAUAAUCCGCAGUCACGUCGUCGUCAAGGAAUGAUGAUGAAUUUGAAACGCGCUUUGCACCAUGCAACUCAAAUGGAAGCGCUUGUUCGCAACUCACCUCGGUGUGACGCUCCAACGAAGCUUGAGGCUCAGGCCUAUUUGGUCUAUCUUGCUGGAAUGGUGAAAUUCGAGGCGAAACAAUGGGUAGAGGCACGAGAAAAUCUUAAGGCAUCUCGUACUGUUUAUGAGCGUUUAACCGAGGCCACGCAUAACACGACUUUGACCAAUUUGUACAAAGCUAGAUGCCGUGAAAUCCAGCCUCAACUUCGUCUCUGCGAGUUCAAUUCUGAGGAGACGGGGGCGAAGGUGGCAAAAAUUGGCGAGUUGAUGGAGUUACGAAUGCAGAUUAAUGAUACGGAAAGCAUUGAUACUCUGAUUGCUGAAAUGCGCUCUAAAGCUUCUACCGAUGAUGUGAUUGAGAUUACUUUUGGAGGAGACAAGGCUACUGUGCUGGAUGAAAAGGCUCGAGCAGUGAUCCUUGCAUGGAGACAAGCGGACAAGGAAUUAGCCGAGUGUCAGGGACCUAAAGAAAAAAUGGCUCUCUAUGAAAAGCAAUUGGGUGAUACUCGAGAUGCGCUGGAUAAGAUGAAUGACUUGAUUCGACGGAAAACGGCUGAGAAUGCUGACACAGAAAUUCUACAAAUUGUCCGUUCUUAUCUGGACUUCUUGAGGCUUUCACGAACCGCUGAACGCUACUUGGCCAUGAUUGAGAGUACAAAGCUUGAGAAGAAGUAUCGCCCGCAAGAUCUUCUUCGGUUAUACGAUUCGGUCAUUGAGAUUUUCAAAGAGAUUAAAGAGAUUAAUGGUGCUGCCAGGGAUUCUACCUUGAUAUCUGCAUACAACACUCGAAUCGAAUAUUAUCGGGCAUUUAGAUGCCAUUAUAUGGCUGCCGCUUAUGCACAUCUUGGAAAACCCAACGAAGCGUCAGCUCUCUUCACUCGAGCAGAAGAACGGAUAAAGCAAGCCGAAAAGUUGGUAAAGGCAAUGGACAAGAACAAUGCCUACUUCACAGAGAAGAAAGAAGCUCUUGACGAUCUUCUCAAGCAAAAUGCAAGCGCUCGUGCACUUGCUAAUUCUCAACGUCUUUCAUCAGCUUUGGCCGAUUCUUCUAAAGCGUCGGUCAUUGAUGAUCGGCCGUUGGUAGAGACUUUGGACGAGUGGCGACGAUUCCCCACGGAAACAGCUGAAUUGCAAAAGGUGAAGGUAAUGCGUCUCCCACCGGCACCACUUCCCAUGCCCGCUAAACCCGUUUUCUUCGAUCUCGCUUUCUAUGAUGUUCAGAUGCCCGAUUUGUCGGCUCGACUGGCUCGUAUGGAAGAAGACCGAAAAGCGUCACAGCAAAAAGGUCCUCAAAAAGCUCAGGGUGGCGGAAAGAAGGGUGGAAAAGGUGCUGCGGCUCAGCAACAAGCUUCACAGCAAGCGGCUCCUGGCGAAGAGGGUGGACUCUCAGGAAUGGUCAAGGGAUGGUUUUGGGGUAAAAAG